AUGGCCCAAAGCAAGUUAAACGAUCUCGCUGGCCGUUUUGGAAAAGGACCGAAGGGUGUGGGAACAGGUCUAAAAAUUCUUGCGGCGGCUGGUGCUGCUGUUUAUGGAAUAACACAGUCGCUGUUCACUGUUGAAGGAGGUCAUCGUGCUAUUAUUUUUAGUAGAAUUGGUGGUAUCCAAAAGGAGGUGCAUGCAGAAGGUCUUCACUUCAGAAUUCCGUGGUUUCAAUAUCCCAUUAUUUAUGACAUUCGUUCUCGCCCCAGAAAAAUUUCCUCACCGACUGGUAGCAAAGAUUUGCAAAUGGUUAACAUUUCUUUACGUGUGCUGUCUCGACCUGAUGCAGGAAAUUUGCCAUCAAUGUAUCGGCAAUUGGGUCUGGAUUAUGAUGAGAAGGUUUUGCCUUCAAUUUGCAAUGAAGUGUUGAAAAGUGUUGUUGCAAAAUUUAAUGCAUCACAACUUAUCACACAACGUCAACAAGUUUCUCUUUUGGUACGAAAGGAGUUAAUUGAUAGAGCUAGAGAUUUCAAUAUUAUUCUGGAUGAUGUAUCUAUUACAGAACUUAGUUUUGGUAAAGAGUACACAGCUGCUGUUGAAGCUAAACAAGUUGCUCAACAAGAAGCACAGAGAGCUGCUUUUGUUGUGGAACGUGCCAAACAGGAAAGACAACAGAAAAUCGUUCAAGCUGAGGGUGAAGCCGAGGCAGCCAAAAUGUUAGGUCAAGCUGUCGCGAAGAAUCCUGGUUAUUUGAAACUAAGAAAGAUUCGAGCUGCCCAGAGCAUUUCCAGAACAAUUGCUAGCUCUCAAAAUAGAGUAUUCUUGAAUGGUAACAACUUAAUGUUGAACAUCAGUGAUCCAUCAUUUGAUGAUCUGAGUGAGAAGUUGAAGCGAUAA